CUGUAGGCGGGCUUCUUUAGCACGCCGGUGUAGCCAUUUUUUUCACGACCGUGAAGCAGCUAACUGUUUGAGGCUUUCUACAACACUGCUUCAAGUAUGGUCAAGAUCUUCAUUGGGAACCUCCCUAGGGAGGCAGACAAGGAUGAAAUUCAGGUGUUGUUCUCCCAGUACGGUGCCGUCACAGAAUGCGCCAUCGUCAAGAAUUUUGCUUUCGUCCACAUGGAUGACCGUAAAUCUGCCACCAAAGCCAUCCGCAGCCUGCACCUCUACAAGCUGCAUGGCACGGCGAUAAAUGUCGAGGCUAGUCGCGGGAAGAACCAGGGAGCCGUCAAACUCCACGUGACAAACGUGGAGAAAGGCAACGAUGAUGAGCUCCGCACUUUGUUCGAGGAGUAUGGCACAGUCUCUGAAUGUGCUAUUGUCAAAAACUUUGCGUUUGUACACAUGGACAACUCCGACGAGGCUAUGGAUGCCAUCAAGGGAUUAGACAACAUUGAAUUCCAGGGGAAACGUAUCCAUGUUCAGAUAUCAAAGAGCCGUCCCAGGUACGAGGAGGAAGACGACUACCCCCCUCCCCCACCUGAGAGGGGGGGAUACUGGCCCCCCCGUGGCUACCCCGGGGAGAGGCAUGAUCCUCCACCCCCUAGCUAUCUAAGAGGUCGACAGCCACCCCCUCAUCACGGGUACCCUGCCCCCCCUCCACCACCCCCUCCCCCUCGACGAGCCCCUUACCCAGAGCGUGCUUAUGAGCGCGAGAGGCAGAGCUAUGCCGUGGUGGAUUACUAUGAGAAAUACAGGGCUCGUCCUGCCUCUUACGGCAUAAUGUCCUAUGAUGAGAGGCGUGUAGGCUCCUUACCCCCUCCUCCCCCGCCCCCCUCUUCCAUGGUCAGGGAGCGUUUCAUGACCUCUGGCCUCGAUCCAUAUGAGCGUCGCCCCCUCCCUCCUCCCCCCUCUGCGUACUACGCCAGGGACCGCAGUCCCAUUCGGAGGGCCCCUCCUCCCCCUAUGCCCCCCGCCGGUAACGGUUACUCCUAUGAGCGUUCCCGACUCUCUCCCAUCUCUCGGCCCGCGAUGUACAACCUACCCCGUACCAGAGACCCCUACGCCGACAGGUUGCCGCCACCGCCUGCGGCUCGCUAUUACUAAGCAGCGUACACCGGCGUUUGACUCAAGGUUUAAAUAUUUCAACAAGAUCUGCGUCGUCGUCUCCUGAUGCACACAGCAAUUUACCCCCCUCGUCUGUGGCUGAGCGCGUUUCGUUCUCAGGAGGAAUUGUAAUGCAUGACCUCGUCAUUUAAAACCCUUUUAUUACACUUGUAUUGUUUCCUUAUAUUUUUUGCAUUGUUUUAGUAUUGUGCUUUAGCUAUGUUUUUAGUCUCAAGCUCCCACGAGCCAUUUAGUUGUGCGUUUUUAUUUUACGUUAACAUGAUUUUGUCCUCUUGAUAUACUGUAACGUGUCAUGAUACAAACUUUUUGCUCUAAAAUCUAAUUUCUGAAAUUUAAUGAUUGAAAGCUGCAACACGUUAUUACGAAAAGGAUGUUAAUAAUCGUGAUUGAAUAUGAACACGUGUUUCCUUUGAACAACCAUGCUAGUUUAAAUUUAAAUCUAUCGUCUGAAAUUAUGCCAAGUUAUGGAUUAUGGAAAGGUAGCGCUCUGCGACAAUGUACAACAGCAUAAUAAACCACUACGAUGGACUAGUUUUUUAAAUUUGUUAGUUGGACAAAUAUUUGCUGAUGGUUGCGAGUUACACUAAGGUGGAUAACGUUCUUAUUUGUAAUCAGGACAUGAUUUUAAUAAAACUGAAUUGUGUAGAAAUUUUUAAAUCAUAUCGCAGAUUCUUAAUCUUAUGAUUCAAUGGUGAAUGAUCAGUUGCUUCUCAAUAUACUUUAACCAUUUUGAAGGGGGAUAAAUGCUUGACAAUGAUCAAAUGUUAAAUAACGUUCUGUGUCCCCUCGGCUUCAAGCGCUCAAUCACAAUUGAACUAUGCCGAUCUGCCCCUUCACUGCCCAUCAAUUUAUUUCGGUGUCAUGGGUUUGAUAGAGCUUUAUUGCCAUAUCCCCAGUUCUCACCAUAAUACACUCACUCUGGGAGCAUCUCUGGAGAGAUGUUCUUGGCACCGCCUGCAGGAACCUAACCAGGUAAGAUGGGAGCUGGGAACAGUUGUGUGAAACUUGGGGUUAAAGAUUUUAGGUGCACAGGAAUCAGGAAAAUGACACGACGUCUGCUUGGCAUGGACAGGUAAUAUAAAUGCUAAUCCUUUCCAUACUAAAAAUCUGUGUGUCUGUGUUUAGAGAGGCAGCCCAAUUCUUAUUUUUUCCCCUCCACUAAUUGGUCAUUUGACAAUUUAAAAAAACAAACCAUUUUUUAGGUAUUUUUCAAAGUUGAAUGACAGUGUAAAAGAAAAUUGUGCUGCCUGUAUAAAUGCAGCCUAAUGUCUUUUUAAAGGGGCAGUCUCGAAUUCUGCAACAUUUUAGGAUUUUAAAAUUGAGAUGUAGGCUAAACCACUGAAUCUCGAAGAAUAUAACUUAAAUGCCUGAUGACCUUUAACUCCCACCUAAAAACACAAGUUCAUCAGAGCUCCAAAUAUAAACCUAUUACUCCAUUGUUUAAGUAAUCUAAUUGUGAAAACACUAUAGCUUUAAAACAUGGUCAAUGAUCAUUUUGAGCUCAUAGAUGGUCAGUCCAUCUAUCAAAGGCUCAGUCUAUGAAUUUCAGAGUGGUUAGUCAUCUAUAGUUCUCCAGCCUCAGCUCUUAACCAAACACGUGGCUGGGUCUUUGUUUGAAUACCAGAUUGCCCUUUUAAAUAUAACCAUGAUCUUGGUUGUGGAAAUGUUAGGUAUCAUUGUCGGGUGCAGAUUUAUUUUAUAGAUAAUUCCGUCCAUAAGCAAGUCGGGACAGUCUUAAGGUCAGCAGAUACAUAUUGUUGUGGGGCUUAUUCAUUUAGUGUGCACAAGCAAAACAUUUUGCUGUGAAAACAAGCAUUUCUUAAUGGACACGUUAAUGCUACUGAGUCCCCCUCUGUUUUGGCCCUUUUGGUUCCUAUUGAAUGCACCCCUAUGUUUGAAGUUCUAGGCCCCUGGUAAGUUAGAAAAGUAGAAUUCAUUAAACAUUCAUAUGUAUUGUAACCUAUACUGUAAAUGGUUGUAUUGGUUUGUAUAGCUGUACUACUGAAUUACAUGGUUUUAUAAGAGUCCCCUGAAUGUCUUUGUCAUUUCCUAAUAAAAUAUUUAAACUGA